AUGGACCAACAAGUCCAAUGGACAGAUACCACACCCUUUAACUUACAGCACCCAAAGGGUCUGCUGCCAACAUCCUGGUGCCAGACACUCCAGAACUACCGCAGAGGGCCUAUGGAGCCAUGGGGACUCCAAGUCCCAGGUGUUCCAGGCCAUGCAGUAGAUUUUCACGGAUCAUCAUUUGUCUCGGUGAAGUCUGGAGAACGUGUGACUCUGAACUGCACAUUUCAUGAUGAACACAAUAGAGACCUUAUUGUUUGGUACAAGCAACGGUUUGGAGAGAUGCCUGUGGAAGUGGGAAAAACGAUAUUACAUAAAGAUACUCAAAUUUCACCUGACUUUAGCUCUGGAUUUAAAAUAGAGAAUAUUAAUAACGGCAUUUCUUUAUCAAUUCUACAACCAAAAAAAGCUGAUGAAGGACUGUAUUUCUGCGGAAUUUAUUACUGGGCUAAAUUUGAAUUUUCCAAUGGAACAUUCGUAGCUGUGACAGAUGACAGUAAUAAAAAAGUGUCAGUAUCACAGAGCGGCGGGUUGGACUCGGUUCCUGCAGGAGCGUCAGUGACUCUGCAGUGCUCGGUUCUCUCUGAGAGCAGAGCAGCAGAACUCCAAGUGCUCUGGUUCAGAGCUGCUCCACCACAAUCCCAUCCUCAAAUCAUUUACACUCAUCACAACAGCAGCCAUCAGUGUGAGAGCGGCUCUUCUACACACACCUGUGUGUACAACUUCUCCAAGAACAUCCUCAGCCUUAAUGAUACUGGGACUUACUACUGCGCUGUGGCCGCGUGUGGGAAGAUCAUUUUUGGGAACGGGACACAAGUACAACUGGCAGACAGACAGAGAGACAGACCUGAUUCUAUAGUGAUCUGCCUGGUUGUGGUGUUGGUAGUGUGUGUCGUGGUGAAUUUUACACAAGCAGUUUUAUACUGUAAAAAGCUUAACUUUGUGAAACGACCACAUGGUUCUUUGAUAGGGACACCGCACAUUCAGGACCAAAAUGCUGUGGAUCUGAAUUAUGCGGCUCUGAGUUUCAACGAGAUGAAAACUAAAAGUGGAAGAACAAACAGAGGACAACCUCAUCAUAGCGUUUAUUCUGAAGUCAUAUUUACUCCUGAUACUUAGAUCACCGUUACUUUAUUUCUAACUUAUAUAACAGAUUAUUGUUUUUUUAAAGCAAUGUUUGACUGAAACAUUUAACCCUUUCGUAAAAUCAAUGAAGAAUGAAAAAUUAUUAACUUAAGUUACAUAUGGUACAGAUCUGACUUGCUUGAAUGAUUAUUAUGAUAUGAAAAAAAAACAUUAUGAUUCAUUCUGCUGUAAUGAUACCUGAAACUACUAUUUUCACCUGAUAUACUAUAUAUUUUUUAACCUAGUCCAGGGGUCGGCAACCUCAAUCAAAGAGCCAUUUGGAGUCGUUUUCCACAGUGAAGAAAACACAGGGAGCCACAAAACUCUUUGAAAUCUAAAAUGACACUGCAUGUAUUGUUUUUAUGUUUAUGCUAUGUACUCUAUAAAUUGCACAAAUUUGCAUUUAUGAAAUCAAUGAACUGCUACAGAGAAAACAAGAAAAAAAAUACUUCUGCAACAAAAACAUUUUAAAUUUUUUUGCGGAAAAAAAGACGCUGGAUUGAAGGUUACUUUUAAACACAAUACUCAAUGUCUA